CUCCUCCUCCUCCUCCCGCCGCCGCCAGCCCUGCGAUGCCCCGCUAUGAACUGGCUUUGAUCCUGAAAGCCAUGCAACGGCAGGUAGCCUGCAGUUUGAAAAGGACAGACAACACGCUCGAGGGGUUGAAUGUUGUGCAGGCCUGCUCAAGGUGUGAAAUCGUGGAGAAAUCAGGUGUUGAGCCUGGCAAUCUGGGUACGUUCUGCUUAUGCAGGGUUGGUACAGUAGGCCUCACUAAACUUAGCUGCAACUAAGAAUUUCUCCUACAUCAACUGAGUUAAGGCUGAUGCUCUUGUGGAAUGUGGAUUAAAAGUGCGUGCUAAGUUCCAAAUUUCCAUUUGAGAAGCGGAGAAAGUAAAUGUACCACAACCACCAGCAUCAGGACAGCAAACCAAGGGACAAAGAAUUUGAUCCGCAGUGUUGAUAUAUGUUAACUGGUUCACGUGUUGCUUAAGAGACGUUUGCUGGGGGGCGAGAAGUGGACGUCAGCUGUGCGAAGUCAUUUUGUUUACAAAAAUGAGGGCUUCUUUGGAAACAGCAGACAUUGCCAUUGUGGCUCUGUACUUCGUGCUUGUAAUGUGCAUAGGUUUUUUUGCCAUGUGGAAAUACAAUCGAAGCACCGUAAGUGGCUACUUCUUGGCAGGGCGUUCUAUGACCUGGGUAGCUAUCGGUGCAUCUUUGUUUGUGAGCAAUAUUGGAAGUGAACAUUUCAUUGGGCUCGCAGGAUCUGGAGCGGCGAGUGGAUUUGCAGUAGGUGCAUGGGAAUUCAACGCCUUAAUGCUUUUGCAGCUUUUAGGAUGGGUCUUCGUCCCCGUCUACAUCCGGUCAGGAGUGUACACCAUGCCUGAAUACUUGUCCAAGCGUUUUGGAGGGCAUAGAAUUCAGAUCUAUUUUGCAGCGUUGUCUCUAAUUCUUUAUAUCUUCACCAAACUUUCAGUUGACUUGUAUUCAGGGGCACUUUUUAUUCAAGAAUCGCUAGGUUGGAACCUCUAUUUGUCAGUAAUCCUCCUUAUUGGAAUGACUGCGCUGUUGACUGUGACUGGAGGUCUUGUGGCUGUCAUCUACACAGACACCCUUCAAGCUCUGCUUAUGAUUAUCGGUGCCCUCACACUUAUGAUCAUAAGUAUUCUGGAGGUUGGUGGGUUUGAAGAAGUUAAAAGAAGGUACAUGUUAGCAUCACCAAAUAUUACGUCUAUCUUGUUAACCUACAACAUUUCCACUACUGAUUCCUGCAAUGUGGACCCAAAGCCUGAUGCUCUUAAAAUGUUGCGCGAGCCAACAGAUGAAGAUAUUCCCUGGCCUGGAUUUCUGUUGGGACAGACCCCAGCUUCUGUCUGGUACUGGUGUGCUGACCAAGUCAUAGUUCAGAGAGUUUUAGCUGCAAAAAACAUUGCUCAUGCCAAAGGAUCCACUCUGAUGGCAGGCUUCUUAAAGUUGCUGCCGAUGUUUAUUAUAGUUGUCCCAGGGAUGAUUUCACGAAUACUGUUUGCAGAUGAUAUCGCCUGCAUUAAUCCAGAACACUGCUUUCAAGUCUGCGGGAGCAGAGCUGGAUGCUCUAACAUUGCCUACCCACGGUUGGUGAUGAAACUUGUACCAGUUGGUCUGCGGGGACUGAUGAUGGCUGUGAUGAUUGCUGCACUGAUGAGUGACUUGGACUCUAUAUUCAACAGUGCUAGCACCAUAUUCACGCUUGAUGUCUACAAACUCAUUCGGAAGAGCGCGACGUCUAGAGAACUGAUGAUUGUAGGAAGAGUCUUUGUGGCGUUCAUGGUAGUUAUAAGCAUUGCCUGGGUCCCGAUAAUCGUAGAAAUGCAAGGCGGUCAGAUGUACCUUUAUAUUCAAGAGGUAGCAGACUAUCUGACCCCACCAGUGGCUGCUCUGUUUCUUAUGGGUAUAUUUUGGAAGCGUUGCAAUGAACAGGGGGCGUUCUAUGGUGGAAUGGCUGGGUUUGUCCUCGGCGCGAUACGGUUGGUACUGGCGUUUAUCUAUCGUGCUCCGGAGUGUAACCAGCCGGAUACUAGGCCAAGCUUUAUCAAAAACAUCCAUUACAUGUAUGUCGCUACAGCUCUGUUCUGGAUCACUGGGAUUGUGACCUUUAUAGUGAGCCUGCUUACGCCUCCGCCUACAAAGGAACAGGUUCGGACAACCACUUUCUGGGCUGUGAGAAACAGGAAUGUAAAAGAGAAUACUGCAAAGGGGGAGCUGUACAAAGUGCAAGAAAAGAACAUCUUGAGGUGCAAUGAAAACGCUAAUCAUAUCAUUCCAAAUGGCAAAUCUGAAGAAAACAUUAAAAAUAUUAAGCCUGAGGAUAUCAAUCUUCUGGUCACUUGCAGAGAUGACAGCAACCCAGUGAUUUCUGUAAGUCACUCUGAAGUUGAGACACCAGUUGAUUGCUAUUCGAACGGACAAGCAGCUUUGAUGGGUGAGAAAAAGCACGAGGAAGAAACUGAUGAUAGAGAGAGACAUUUGAAAUUCAUAGAUUGGUUCUGUGGCUUUAAAAGUAAAAACAUGAACAAGAGAGCUGUUCGGGAGAUCGAGGAAGAGACUGUUUGUUUACAAAUGCUGGAAGAGACUCCAAAAGUUAAGCUAUUACUAAAUACUGGACUGGUCUGUGUCUGUUCGCUUGGAAUAUUCAUGUUUGUCUAUUUCUCUUUGUGAGUGAACAGUGAACUUUUAAGGGUAUGGCUAAACAUACAGAAGUUGAUACAGGUCUCUGGAAUUUUUUUUUUUUUCCAAAUAACAUAACCGCAACCCAGGCAUUGUUUACGCUAUAAUUGUAAAAUCAACUCAACUUUAGCCUAUUUAGAGACCAUUUGAGACAUGUUGUCCUAUCUCUGCUGAAGGCAGAAUGUGUUGUGUGGUGUCUUUUCCUUUUCCCCGUUGUCUUUUUUCUUCUCUUUUCCCUAUUUGCAGUAUUAACCUUUUCUUUUUCCACGAAUACAUGUAUAAAUAUACCAAAGGCAGGCAGGUGGCUGUGUUUGAAGUCAGGCAGCCCUAGAGUUCAGUCAACAUGAAGGUGAAGAUAACAAGUAAUCAUUUACCUAUGUGUAAAAUCUGAAACGAUUAAAGCUGUGUUGAAAGAUUUUUAAAUGUAAGGCUGUGAUACACAUUAUUGUAUAGUUGUUCUUUGUAACGUAACUGUGUUACCUUGGCCAACUUAAUACAUAUGAAUUUUGCUCACAGCUUCUAG